AUGUCAGGCACUUACACUGCGUCUGUCUUGCUCCUGCUUGUAUGGCUGCAGGUCUCAGUAUGCGAUGCACAGACAUGCGACAUCAGUUCUACGACAUGUCCCUGUAACACAACAACCACAGCAUCGAUCUCCUCCUCCACUGCCUCCCAGCUCCCCUGCCUCUCCGCUGGAAACCUCUCCUUCCUCUGCCAGAUGCAGACUCCAGCUCAGGUCGGCGACUACCUCACCUGGGACAACCCGCUCCUCUUCGCCGUCCCGCCAUGGCUGGACAUGAGCCAGAGCACGAGCAUGCUCUACUUCACCGCGCGGGAGGGGGCGGCAGGGUCGUCGGGAGUGACGCUGCAGAGCAGUCAGGGAGAGGAGCGAGGGAGGAUGGAGAUCAAGGUGGAGGAGGGAGGGAAGAGGCCGGGGUUUGUGAUGGCGUACCGUGCGGCUUGCAUCGACCCGUCAGCUCCCUGCUCCUGUCCUCCCCUCAGCAUCCCCAAGAUGUUUCCCUGGCUCUACAAGGUGGACUGCCGUCGGCCGUGUACGUUUGGGAACGUGAGCGAGUUCGAGGGGGCACGGGGGACGUACAAGAGGAGCGGGGGGGAGUACGGGGGAGUAGCGUACUGGGAGCAGGAGGGAGGGAGGAUGAAGGUGUUCUUUGAGGAGCAGGAGCAGCGCUGGUACAUCUCAAGGAGCCUUGACGUGAAGGAUGCGCUUUACAGAACUCUCGCUGGUAGUGUGAUGUCUCUGCCCGACGAGCUGACUGUGAGAUGGGAGGAAAAGAUGAACAACUCGUGGAGUUUUUGUUUCCUCUCAGUUCAAGACAUCACGGCUGGGUUUCAAACGUGCUCUCAGAACAUGGAGUUGUCGCCGUCCAAUGUGAUUGCACCAUCGACGGACUUGUACUCUUGCAAUCUCAACAACAUGAGCAGUGUUGUCUUUCUGCGAGAUGUUUCAUAUCACACUGUCGACAAAUUUGUCACUGCAUUCACACCAGUGGAAGGAUACUGGCAUGGCAGCAUAUCAACAGUCAACAUCACCAUGGACCAAGAUGCUAAGCUUUCGAGUGUCAAGAAAGAUCCCAUCUACGACAAAUGGGGACUGGAGUUUGCCUCUGAUUACGUGACAAGUCCCGACGGUCAGUUCGUGUAUGUUGAGGAGUUUGCUUCGGACUCCAUCGCUGUCAUCAAGAAUGGAAGUUUCGUCGACCGGCUGCGCCAGGGGCAGUACCGCAUGCAGUUUCAGGCAGGGCAGCAAGUCGACCCCUGCGCGUCUGCGAACCCGAACGUGGGGUCAGGAAACAUCGAGGUCGAGGGGAUAUGCAGCACAACCAAGUUUGUGACAAAGAGCGGGACAUCCUAUCUUCUUGUCAACUCGGGCUGCAAGAGAUUACAAGAGUACACCUCCUUCAUCAACACAUCUCAAUCGCUUCUUCUUGACAAGCCUUCCUCGUUUCCUUGUAUCGACCAAUUUUUGUGGAACGUCACGACCGGGUGGUGGGAUUUCUCCUACGAGUACGCAGGGGGAAGUUAUUCUCGCAGUGCGAGGCAAGAGCCCAACGUGUGCGAGGAGCAGCACGAUCUCAAGAUCGCCCCCUCCUCCUUCCUCAACCUCAAGAAAUUCUUCGCACGAGGUCCCCAGCGAUGGUCCUCGUCCGCCACCCUCCAGGGCCCCGUGUGUCGAGAUGGAGUCUGGGACAGGACAGAGGACAAGACUUUCUCUGUUCUCAACAACCUCGUCUCUUUCGGGGAACUGAGUGCAAUGUGGUUCGACCCUCUGAUCAACACAGGGUUGUUCGUCUCCAACGAUGUCCAGACUCUUUUGCAGUCCAGCGAGCUGCCGACGUCGAUGAUCUCGCUAGAGUCGUGGAUUGUUAUCUCAACAACAGCCAACAUUCCUCUCGCUGGCAUUUUCUCUGCACAAUCAGAAGCUGACAAGUUCAGCGGUUGGUAUUUGAGCUACUCUGUCGGGUUUUCAGGCUCUUCACACCCGAUCGUAACUUUCACAUUCAAGAUCGCAUUUGAGCAGUUCCCGUUUAUGAAAGAGAUUCGCAUACAAUGUGACUCCUCCACCUGCCCUCUCCGUCAAUGGACACACAUCAUAGCAACUUAUGACGGCAAACGCGUCAGCCUCUAUCUCAAUGGCAAACAAUCUUCAUCUAUUGAUGCAUGCGACUUUUCCUCCUGCGGCAGGAUUGUGUAUCCGAGCACUGGCGCUCGUCCUACCCCCCUCGUCCUCGGCUCCUUCUUUCAUCCUCUCACCCUCCGCUCCUACCCGCACGCCGGGGCGAUGCGCAUGGCGCGACUCUACGAGCAUGCUCUGAGCGCGGAGGAGGUGCAGGGGAGAUACGAGGAGGGGAAAGUCAGCGGAGGAGCGGGAGGAGGAGGAGCAACAGGAGGAGGAGGAGAGACAGCAUCAAGCUCGUCCUUCGAGUCAGGAUGCAGUUGGACAAGUUUCGAGGAGGAUGAGAGGGGACGUGAAAGCCAAGCGAAGCAUCAGGAUUUCAGAUGUCGAUUCUCGUACGAUUACAGCAAGACAGAGAGGAUUGUGGAAUAUUCACCAGCAACAGUUACCAACAACCUUCUGACCUGUAACGCGCCAACAUGGCAUCACAGUCAAACAUGGACUCAUUUCUCCAUUCAAGCUGCAAACUUUCAGAUUGCAAACAGAACUCUGUCAGCAUCUUUCCGCGAGAACUUUCCCUAUCUCAUUGGAACCAAAGUCUCGAUUGACUCUGACGCUGUGAACUCACCGCGAAGAUGUUUCUUGGAAGGCAACGCGCAAAGGUUUGGAGAGAUUUUAAGUUACAACGCUAUCGACGGGAUUUACACCAUCAAGAUUAUUGACAGUCUGUCCAUAACAACGUCUCUCUUUACUUCGCUUCCAAACCCGCACAUCUACCCGCUGUCAGACGUCGCCGUUUCAAAGUUCAUCGGAUAUGAGCCCACGUGGCUUCCCGUUUGGCAGGAUGAGAAACGAGUUACAUCGUCGACUAUUUCUCUUGAAGGACAGAGCAUAUCAUCUUCUAUCUUUGUGAGCAGAGACUCGGGUGAUUACCUUCUGGUUGCAAGCUCAGGAAACAAUGACGGUCAUGAAUACAACAUCAUCGUCCGACGUCACAAGCUUCACAAUCGCAAGAUUAUGUCGCGCAAUGUCACGUCAAAGAUCUUUGAAGUCAAGAUGUCGGACAACGCAUUUACGGACGUGAUGUCUUUCAACCCCUCCCAAACUUUCCCGACUGUCGGAUGCAGGAAGAUCGUAUAUCACCAGAUGACGACAGGCGAUAUGGAGAUGAACUUUCUUGCGUUUCUCGACGACGAGGAGAAGAUAAUCUUGUACAAGUGGGACGAGAGUCUUUCUCAGUUCGUGUCAUUCCAACAGUUUGACACAAGAUCGUCAACAAACAUGUUGACUUUCUUCUCCGUCGCCUCUUCCCUGAACAAUCAUUACCUACUUGUCUCUGGAGCAAUGCAAUGCACAACUCAACUGUCGGAUCUACGAGGAAACUGCUCCAUGAUGUACAUUCAGGAGGACAAGAACUACCAUCUGCAAACGCGCAUGUUGUCUUUGAAGAUGAGAACAAACCGUCAGCUCCAACGGACACCUUUCGAGGAGAUAGGACCGAGGGUCUUCGAUCGCUGCCGCACGACAGGAAAACUUAUCCCGAAUCAAGUCAACUCUGCUGUCGAUGCCAACGGCGGCGAUCAGAAUGUCUGUGGAGCUUUCUCGAUGAUUCUGAGAGCAGACGUGGAUGGUUGUACGGGAAAUUCAAACCAGACAUUCUGUCUCUAUGUCUUGCACACGGGCUGCUCGAAUGGUCAAAUCACAUCUGGAAUCCUUUCUUUCGAUCUCAACGUCACGUCAGGGCUGUUGACAUUCAUAGGACUGUCAGUCCUGCGAUAUUAUGAAGAAGCAGCAACAUGUAACAAAAUUUCAGCUGCCUUUGCGAAGAUUUUCGAAACCAUACACGCCUACGGCACAGUCAGCAAAUCAGAUGUCAUCAAUCACAACUUUUCCACAACCAUUGCGUCAAGAGUCUUUGGCAAUUAUGACAUUUCAGUCUAUCAAACAGCAUUUUUUACGUCUCAGUCAAACAGUUUCGUCAUAGUUGCAGCAGGAAGCUCGGGCGUAUUCCUCCUCCAAUGGGACGAGCUGAAUGAGAAGUUUGUUUUCUUGCAAUCAUUGGUGAAAUCCGACGGAAAGAAAGACUCGAAUGCUGUUUCAUUGACCAUUUGCAAUAUCACUGGCGACAUCUUCGUGGUUGUUCUCAAUUACGUCUCGGAUGCUGAAUGGACAGGGAUCAACGUCUAUCACUUCGAUCCAGCAGAAAAUCAUUUCACUUACCAUCACACCUUACUAUCCUCUCCUUCAUGGUCUGGUUGGCCCUCCUACUCUCGUUCAGCUGCUUUCUUCACCAUCGAGACGACCGGCAGUUUUCCUCUCCAUCUGCUCGCCGUCGCUUACAAUCAGGACACAACCAACAAGCUCUUUCCCAGCAUUCUGUACAGGUGGAACACUAACACGUCAAUGUUCGAGAUCUACCAACAACAAGACCCAUUUUACAUUCCUGGAGCUUCUUCUGUCUUGCACACAAGAGUUGCGUCAGGAGCAUACACCAAGGACUUGCUGAUCUUUUCUAGUUUGUACAAAUUUAGUGGAAGUUGUGCACCUGGGGUACAAGACAUCGUGAUUGAAUGUCAAGGGCAGAAGAAGGCUGAAACAACAACGUUGGUAUAUUGCUGGACUCCUGCGAUGAACUUCACGUUGUGCGAUGAGAUUCAAUCUCAGUCUGUCUCGAGUCUCGACACGUUCGAGUUGCCCUGCGCGGAAUCUGAUUGCGCCAGAAGAUUCUUGUUGAUCUCCGAGAGAUACUCUGAUCUCUCCCUGCUGUCGGGGAUUUCUGGCUUCAACAUCUCCAACAACCAACUGGUUGGCUUUCAACGGACUCCCAAACUUUAUCUGUGGGAUCAAAACCUCGAGAGAUUCCGCCUCCUCCCAGCUGCUUUUGACCUUGUCAACGGGACUAUCCCAGCUCCCCUCCCAGCUGAUCCCUGCGUGAGCCUGACGAGCCAGACCGAAUGGGGACCAUGCACAUCCUAUGCACCCGGAGGCUUCAACGACGGUUUCUGUGUGCUCGACGGCGCCUGCGACGUCUGCCAGCUGUUCUGCCAUGCUGCCUGCCAACAAGCCCCCGCAAACUCCGCGUGCCUCGAGUACCUGCAGCUGGGCUAUACCGAGUUAGAAGAGCAGCUUGUGCGCUACGAGAGGAUGAUGGCAAGGACUUGGCCGUCAGCUGAGGUCCUUGAGGGGAUCAGUGCUCCCAUGAGCUUCUUCCACUUCCAGCUGGAGGGAGAAGACUUCAUAGUGGCCGCCCAGGGACUUUGCGGGGUCUACGAGGACGGGACAAAAUGUUCCGAUGCAAAGGAGCAGGAGCAGGAGAAGGAGCAGGAGCAGGAGAAGGAGCAGGAGCAGGAGAAGGAGCAGGAGCAGGAGAAGGAGCAGGAAGAGGAAGAGGAAGAGGAGGAGGAGGUGGUGGUGAUGGAGGUGCUGACUUUGGAGCAGUUCCAGCAGCCUGAGUCUGCUCUGCUGCAGUGGACCGGGGAAGAUCCUGUAAAAGACGGCACUUUCAACGAGCAGUCAAACAUGUUUGGAGAAGUUCUAGAGCUCACGCCUGGCUCGCCUCCUACUCGUUCAUUCACCAAAAACAAUCUGAAGGCUCGUUCGUUCGCCCUCCGCCUUCAAGCUGGAUCAGUUUCGUCUUGGUCGACCGUGUCAGUGAACACCAGAAGAGGUUUUGAACAUGCGGGCGAGAAAGCCAAGCUGCUGUUAGCCUCGAGUGUGACCGAGGGUCUCGUUUCUUUCCCUUUGAGCUUCAGGCGAACUGAGGGUCUGACAAACAUCGACGAGAUCAUAGAACAAGAUGGAGGGGAUACGAAGAUUUUACAUGUGAUAGACAGCACGGCAAAUCAAAUCUCAUCAAUAUCGGUGUUCUUGAAUGAUCCGACAGGGGUACAACUUCGCGGUAAGUUUUGGCGGGUUGUAACAGAUUACAGCGAUGGACCAAUCUAUGACAGUCUUGGAAGACUGUACUCCAGGCUGAAGUGGAAGCAAUCAACUACAUUUCCUCCGUUUGUGCUCAAAGGAAUCUCCAGAACGCAAGUACAAAACAUCUCAGAUGGAUCUCUUCAGUUUCAAAUCUUUCGAAACCUCCCCAACACCAACUUGAUCUGCGGCCCUCAGUCGUUGGAGGAAGGGACUCAGUGGCAGACUUCACUUUGCAACAAGCUUGCUUUCCAUGUCGACUCGUCGGGAGAGCAUCAUGAAGGGUGUUCAGCGACUAUCCUCUCGGAUGGAUCAUUGAAGAUGAAUACAACAUCUUGUAACAACACCAGGAUCAACUACAAUGUACAUCUCUCCGCAUCCAAAGUCCCAUCUGGAAGAAACAACAUCUCAUGUGUUAUGAAUUCAAACUCUUGCUCUCAGUUCGAGCUUGAGCUCCUUGAAGUCAAUCAUGCACCUGUCUUUGCCGCACAUCCAGUGAUGGACGUCAGUCAGUUGUGGACCCAGCAAACUAUCAGUCAGUGGGCGAGCAUGUGCGGUGAGAUCACGUUUGCGCUGAGAGAAGGCUCUUUCGGCAACUCAACAUUCCGAGUUGUCCUGUAUGACGAUGGUGGAUCUUUGUACCUCCGAGACUAUCAGAUUGGAUCUGACAAAUCGAAUGUUUCCUUUUUCACCCUUCACAUCCCUGGAAUGGGAAAAGCUCCUCACUUCUCUCUCGUGCAAGAGCCUCUUGUCAUCUUUCAAGGCUCCGACCCUGUGGUUGCAAACCAUGUCGUCAAAUUUCCGAGGAACGAUCCUCCAUCUUUCGUUGUUCCUUCCACCAUCUUUCUUCUAGAAGGCUCCAGUAAGCAGGAGUUUGCGGGCUUUCUCUCCUCCCUCUCCCCCGGGCCAGGAGCAGACGAGGCCCAGCAGCUUGUCACUUGCUCAGUCCAGCACAACUCCACCAGCCUCUUCACCCAGCUGACGAACUGGGAGAAGCAACCGGUCCUGGUGCAGAACAGCCAGCUGGUCUUGAGCGUGUCUGCUGGGUUUGUCGGGGAGAUUCAGCUGUUGGUUGUGUGCGAGGACGACGGGGGGACGGAGUUUGGGGGGAGCAACCGGAGCAGCACAAUCGCGACUUUGAUGGUGGUUGCAAGGCCAACUAUCCUCAGCGUCUCUCCUCUCCUCUGGGUCUCAUCGGAACAUCCCCCAGCAGACGCCGUCUUCACCAUCACGGGUCGAGACUUCUCACCUCAGAUCUCCCCCCAGCUCGUCUCCAGCUCUUCCUUCUACUCGGCCCAGCAGGCUGCUGUCGUCGUUCUCAUCGGCGGCCUCCCGUGCCUCUCCACUGUCCUCGUCUCAGACACUACGCUGGAGUGCCGGGGGGUCCAGGGCUUCGGGGACAAGGGGUGGGUGGAGGUGAGAAUCAGUGAGCCCUUGAUGGGGAUGACGCGGGAGGCCCUGCUGCCGGACCUCUACGUGCAACACAUCUCCUUCAUAGCCGAAGUAUGCAAGGAGGAGUAG